CCGGAACCCAUCAGUAUGAAUCAAUUCUUAUCCGCGAUCCACCUCAAUGCUUUCUCCAGCCUCUCGAGAAUGGCCAUGUGGUGAGACGAUAAUUUAGAGGUGCUGGCAAAUCGUCCUCUUGUGAUUGGAUUCCACACGAGCGGAGAAUCUUAUCUUCCCGAGUCGAGACAGGUCGAUUCCUGGAAACGGCUCUCGCACUGUUCUUGAUCGAUCUUAAACCUCAAGAAGCACAUACCACCGUCGUCAUCUCCUGCCUGUUUCUUGUAUUGUUGCUUAAGGUUGAUCAUCCAUUAUCCGAGGCUACAAAUGGGAUUACUCAGCAGGUGUCAUAUCCAUGCCGAUCAAGAAAUCAAGGACGCGACAAACCCGCGCUCAGCGUGGUCCUGUUGCUCCUCCUCCUCGCCCUCGGACGCACGCGUUCACGGGAUGUCUCACUUGCAGAGAGAGACACGUGAAAUGUGACCUGGGGCAGCCAUCAUGUCACAACUGUACCCGUCUCAAAGUCCCCUGUGAGGGGUACUCCAGGAAAUAUACAUGGGUUUCACCUAAGAUCUUGAGAAAAGGGCGGCGGGUGAUUGAUCGGGGAUCCCAAGAAGAGGUUGAGGAAGGUCAAAGUAGUCGUCGAGUACUAUUUUCAGACGAAGAGCGCGUUGCAAUGGCUGUCCAGAUGAGGAAUGAAUGCUGUGUCAAUGCAUCAUUCCUCGAUUUGGAUCGUGUACUACGAGAGCUGCAAGAAAAAGUCGCAGAAGCAAGCGAGUUUGCCCGUAUCGGUCCCUUUGGUGUCCUCCCAGUCGUUUCGAAGCUGUCGGCGAGUCCUUCGCCAGAAGCUCAUCCAGAACCGGAUGCUAUACACCAUGUGCAAGCUGAUGAACAGAAUGGACGGAUUUCGACCCCCGACUUGGAUUUGUCACUCUCCCAGUUUGCUUGGGGCGAGCUUGACGAUGUACAGGCCUGGGAUGCAUUGGACUCUGCUCUCGUCACAUUUUCCAGAUUUACCUCAGAGAAAGGGUCUAGCAACGGAGAUGUAUAUGCAACUUGGGAUCUAGCGAUGAAUUCUCCGUCACAGAGUUUUGCCAAUGAUUCUACAAACGCCCUGGCUGUUGGUCAAUAUGGACCGAACACUGGAGGCCAGAUCCUUGGCUUUGAUAGCGCCAUUGAACACACUACAACCCAUGAGAGCCCGACGGAGUCGCUUAAUAUUCAUGCUAGAGUACCUGCGAUACUGCAGAUGCCAAAUACAGCAAACAUGUCUAAGAUACCCCCUGAAGCUCGGCUCCUUCUGGACUACUAUUCCUCACAAGUCGUCGAAGCCAUGUCCAUGUCUCCAGUCAAGAAGCCGCCUUGGAGAACAAUACACCUGCCAUGUGCGAUGAGCGCAUUAGCCGAGCUCAUCGUGCACGGAGAAGGUAGGAGCUUUGCCAAAAUGGCCCUCUUCUAUGCUUUGCUGUCAAUCAGCGCCUUUCAUUUGGGCUUUGCGAACCAGAAAUCGAAUGGUAGUGCACAGCACUGGAAGUUGAAAGGUGCUGCUCAUAAGAAAACUGCCCAGAAAUACCUGCAGUCGUCACUUGACAAGAAUUUACCGAAAACAAUGAGAGGCAAGUAUAAGGAGGUACUGAUGAGUAUGCUGAGCAUGGUUACUAUUGGUGUGUUCAGUGGAGACAUGCAAGAUUCUCAAGCCUAUCUCGCCGAGAGUGAAUCCUUAAUCCGGACUAUCGGACUACCCAAACCAGUAAAAUCGCUCAAGAUAUCAAAGCUCCAUCACAUCUUCUCAUACCUGAGAAUCAUCCACGAAAGCACAUCACUGAGGGGAAGUAAACCCAAGACGGACAGUUUGCACGACACCUUGGCAUCUUCACAAACUGAAGAGGACCAAAAUCAAGAACUUUCCAUUGACAUGGCUCAGUCAGCCAGUUCUAGAUUAGCGUGGAUCGAAGGAGAAGAACCUGAAGAUUUGGAAGAAGAUCCUCUGUUUGUCUCGAUCUACCAAUUGCCGACCACACUCUUGUCCUUGAUUUCACAAACUUCAUCACUUUGCAAACAGCUGGAAUCUCCAGAAUCGACAACAUCAGAGUUUGAUCGGAGAUGCAAAAUCGUUGAGGAUCGAAUAUUCAGGUGGAAAGCUCCCACGGAUUUGAGCCUCACAUCACAUUCUGGGCCGGAUCAGUCGAAUUCGCCAGACGCUGCAGCGAAAGAGGUAGCUGCUCACCUGGUCAAUGCUACAUAUCAGGCCUUAAUCGUACAUUUCCAGCGUCAGAUUCGCAAUACCAAUCCGCGCGUCCUUCAGCACUAUGUCGCAAACGCAGCAGACCACUUGCUAGCUCACGAACAACUCAAACAGAGUCUCAAGUUAUGCCAUGCGCCAUUUCCGUGGCCAGGGUUCAUCGUUGGCUGCGAAGCUUAUGACUUUUCUGCGAGGCAAAAGAUCGAUCUCUAUCUCAAGACCGUGCGGUGCUAUAAUGUGGGAAGUGUCAUGGCAGCGGAGAAGGUUGUGUACGAGGUUUGGAGAAGACAGGAUGCGGGACAGAGUGAUCACCAAUGGGAAGAUGUGUUAAAGGAUUGGGGUAUGCAGGUAGUCUUGACUUGAUAAGUCCGUAAAUUCCAAUAAAUACUCUUAAUUUAGCGAAAGAUAGCUCCAUGUUUAUGCUACCUCGACCAAUUUCCACAGCUUAUACGCUGAGACGACUGGAGAGUCCCACAAAU